AUGAAUGAAACUUUAGAUGCCACUAAUGGUAACACAGAUAAAACACCAGUCAUUGAUGCCAAUGAUAGAGAAUGUGAUAAUGCUGACCCUGAAGAGUGUGAAGAAAGUAAUGAUAAAAAGAGGCAAAAGACAUCUGCUGUUUGGUUAGAAUUCAAAGAAGUCACUCUUUCUGAUGGUUUCAAAAAAGGAGAGUGUGUCCAUUGCAAGAAGAAGCUAGCAAUAAAUACAAAUGGCAAGUUUGAUAUGGUAAAGAUGAGAGAAGCAGCUGCACAUUGGAUACUUAUGCACGAGCAUCCUUUUUCGAUUAUAGAAGAGGAAGGUUUUAACAUGAUGCAAAAACGUGGGAUGCCUGAAUGGGAAAAGGUAUCACGCAAUACUAUUAAAAAGGAUUGCAUGCAAGUUUAUGAAGUAGAAAAGAAGAAAUUAAAGGCAUUGUUGAAGACUGUCAGCAAGAUUAGUUUGACAACAUAUUUGUGGAAAUCAAGUAAUCAAAAGAUUGAGUACAUGGUUCUUACAGCACACUUUUUAGAUUCUAAUUGGAGAUUGCAAAAGCGUGUUAUUAGCUUUGUUCACAUACCUUCUUCUCGUCGCGGUGUUGAGAUUACUGAUUGUAUUUUUAAGUGUCUAAAGGAAUGGGGAAUUGAAAACAAGGUGUUUACACUUUCUGUGGACAAUGCUUCAAGCAAUGAUGUGGCGAUUAGAAUUCUUAAAGACACUUUUUCAAGAAAUAGGAUGUUGUUUUGUGGAGGAAAAUUAUUUCAUGUUCGGUGUUGUGCAUAUAUCUUAAAUUUCAUGGUUCAAGAUGGCCUUUCUGAGAUUAAGAAUAUGAUUGGUGAUGUUCAUGAAAGUGUCAAUUUUAUUAAUCAAAAUGAGGCAAGACUUAACUCAUUUUCUGAUAUAAUACAGCAGUUACAGUUGCCUGAUAAGAAACUCAUUCUCGAUUGUAAAACACGUUGGAAUUCAACAUUCGAGAUGUUAUCGAUUGCAAUCAAAUUCAAAGAAGUGUUUCCGAGACUCAAAGAGCGAGAAUCUCAUUAUGAAUGUUGUCCAAGUCAUGAAGAUUGGGAAAAUGUGGAAAAAGUUUGUGAGAUUUUAGAAGUUUUUAAUUCAGCCACUAAAAUCAUCUCUGGAAGUGAUUAUCCAACUUCAAACCUGUUUCUGAAUGAAGUUUAUCGUGUGAAAGUGUUGUUGGAUAAAAGGAUGAAUGAUGAAAAUGAAUUUGUUCAAGCAAUGGUUCGUAAGAUGAAGAGUAAAUUUGAUAAGUAUUAG